AUGCCACCACCAACGCCGGAUCCGGUGGCUGAAGAUAGACUUCCAGUAGAGCGGCACGACAACCGGGCACGACUCGAGCCGGUCUACUUCAUGACCGCUGCAACGCCCGAUGCCAAAGCCGUAGCACGGAAUAUCGUUGAAACGUUGGGCAGUGAAGCCUGGCUCUCGGAAGACAAUAAAAUGCCGGUCUACACCCCUAGCCCGGAUGCGCUACGCAGCCUCUGUGACCGCCUGCGCGCAAUUCUGUUGGAAGAGCGCGCCGUAGUGAGGCCAAAAGGGAAAACGAUUGUCGUUGGGGACAUCCAUGGAAACUUCAACGAUCUCUGGCGAAUCAUCCACGCAUGGCUAUCGGAUGUUGCUGGUGGAGGGCCGGGUCAAAACCUGCUCUUCCUCGGUGACAUCGUUGAUCGCGGUCCCCGUCAAAUUGAAUGCUUGACGUUGAUCAUGGCCUACAAAGUGCUCCUCCCCAAACAGGUGUUUCUCCUCCGCGGCAAUCACGAAGAGAAGAGUAUAUGCAGCCUCUUCCGAUACAGUCUGGCCGAGCGCGGAUACUCGGAGGCUGUGGCAAAGCUGUUCUACAGUCUCUACGACGUCAUACCGUCAGUGGCCCUGAUCGACGAGCGAUUGAUCUGCAUGCACGGAUUGACGACGGGCGACCUGACGCCAGAACUUCUUCGGAAGGGAUGGGAUCCUCGUGAAGAAACGUUGUUCGACAUGAGCCGGCAUCUCCGAUGGAACGACCCCGCAAAAGAUGUCAAACUUUACGCUCCCAACACCUCGCGCAACUACGGACAUCUCUGCGGCCCGAAGGCAAUCCAGAAGGACAUGGCCAGGCUCGGCCUCGAGUUCAUCCUCCGUGGCCAUCAGUCGAUGUCGAACGGUGUGAAGAGGUUUGAAAACCUGCCCGUGGCUACCAUCUUCUCAUCGUCCUUCUAUGACCCAAACCCAGAAGUAGGCGAGAAGCUGCCAACACCGCGUGUAUUGGACAAUCUGGCCGCGAUCCUGUACGUCGACCCGGCGAAGAACGUCAUCAAGCCGAUCUUCAUCAUUAACAUCAACGACAACAUCUCGACGCAGGAGGAAUUAAACCGAAAGCUUGAAGCCGGAUGGAAAAAGGCUGAUUAUGAGCCGGCCGACCCGAACGACAUCACGGUUGAUUUGCGAAGCUCCAAAUCGAGCUCCUCUGCCCAAAUGAGCUCAUCCGACACGAAGAGCUCGCAC